GGAGGAGGAGGAGGAGAAGCACAGACUCUGUGCCCGGGGCAACAGCAACAGUCGCAGCCCUUCCCAAGGCAGUCUGUGCCCGGCCACUCUUUGGAGGCGCUUCAGCACCCUGGAGAGCAGCGCCGCCGGGAGAAGGCCAGUCCCUGCUGUUGCUUGGAGGAGUUUCAGAACCCUGGACAGCGGUCCUGCCAAGGAAAUCCCCGUCAGCACUCCUUCCGAGGCGACUCCAUCUCUGGCCGCUCUUUGGAGACAUUUCAGGACCCUGGACAGCAGCACCUCCAAGGGAACUUCCUCUCCUAUUCGGAGACGUUUCAGGACCCAGGACAGCAGCCUUUGCUAGGCAACUCCAUCCCUGGACCACCUUUGGAGCCCUUUCCCCACCCUAGGCUGCAUCUCUUCCAGAGUAACUCUUUGGAGAAGGUUAAUAACCCCCCUGGAGAGCUGCCCUUCCAAGGCCACUCUUUGGAAACAUUUCAGGACCCUGGACAGCAGCACCUCCAAGGGAACUUCAUCCCCUGUGGCUGUUCAGGGACUUUUCAAGACUCGCAAAGAAACUCCAUCCCUGGAGCACCUUUGGAGGCCUUUCAGCAUCUUUUCCAGAGUAACUCUUUGGAGAAGGUUAAUACUCCUGCUAGAGAGCGGCCCUUCCAAGGCCACUCCACCCCUGGUCACUCUUUGGAGACAUUUCAGGACCCUGGACAGCAGCGCCUCCAAGGGAACUUCAUCCCCUGUGGCUGUUCAGGGACUUUUCAAGACUCGCAAAGAAACUCCAUCCCUGGAGCACCUUUGGAGGCCUUUCAGCAUCUCUUCCAGAGUAACUCUUUGGAGAAGGUUAAUAAUCCUGCUAGAGAGCGGCCCUUCCAAGGCCACUCCACCCCUAGUUGCUCUUUCCCGCACCCUGGUAGCCCCGUCACCGGCCACCCUUUGCCCUUGGCCCCCGUGGGUGGUUGCCUGUGUUGCGCCCUGUUGAACCCACGGGCGGCCAGGAGGGGACAUGGUCCCUCCUGUGGGUCCUUCCUGGAGGCCAUGAAGAGGCAGAACGUGCGGACUCUCUCCCUGAUCAUCUGCACGUUCACCUACUUGCUGGUGGGAGCGGCUGUCUUCGACGCCUUGGAGUCCGAGCACGAGAUGCGUGAGGAGGAGCAGCUCAAAGCCGAGGAGACCCGGCUCAAGGGGAAGUACAACAUCACCAAUGACGAUUAUCAGCAGCUGGAGGAGAUCAUCAUGCAGUCGGAACCGCAUCGGGCCGGGGUCCAGUGGAAAUUUGCAGGGUCUUUCUACUUUGCCAUCACAGUCAUCACCACCAUAGGUUAUGGGCAUGCUGCUCCAGGAACAAAUGCUGGGAAGGCUUUCUGCAUGUGCUACGCUGCCCUGGGCAUUCCGUUGACCCUGGUUAUGUUCCAGAGCCUUGGCGAACGCAUGAACACCUUUGUCAAGUACCUCUUGCAACGGAUGAAAAAGUGCUGCAGGAUGAGGAGCACCGAUGUGUCCAUGGAGAACAUGGUGGCCGUUGGGUUCUUCUCCUGCAUAGGGACCCUCUGCAUAGGAGCAGCGGCCUUUUCCCAAUGUGAGGAGUGGAGUUUUUUCCAGGCCUUCUAUUACUGUUUCAUCACAUUGACUACAAUAGGGUUUGGGGACUACGUGGCCCUUCAGACGAAGGGAGCCCUUCAAAAGAAGCCGCUCUAUGUGGCGUUUAGCUUUAUGUACAUCCUAGUGGGAUUGACAGUCAUUGGGGCAUUUCUCAAUCUGGUUGUUCUCAGGUUGUUCAUGAACAUUGAAGAGGAGAGACGGGAGGCAGAAGAGCGAGCCUCCCUGGCAGGGAACCACAAUAGCAUGAUCAUUCACAUCCAAGAGGACUCCCAACACGGUCGGCCUCGGUAUAAGGCCGAAGUUGCUGACCUCCAAUCUGAUUGUUCAUGCAUGUGCUACAGGUCCCACGAAUACACCAGUCGGAUGGUGUCCCACCAAAACUCCUUCAGCUCCAAGCUGAACCUCCAGUACUUUCACUCCAUCUCCUAUAAGAUAGAGGAGAUCUCACCAAGCACAUUAAAAAAUAGCCUUUUCCCCUCUCCUGUCAGCUCCAUCUCACCUGGGUUACACAGCUUUACAGAUAGUCACCGGCUGAUGAGACGGCGGAAGUCCAUUUGAAAUCGUUUGCCUUUGGAAGUUUUGAUCUUUUAUUCCUAAGGGUUUGGUGUAUGUUUUUUUUAAAUGACAACAACAGAAAUUCCUUUACAGCUAAUAAAGGAAAGAAGAAUGCAAAGGGAAAGACCUUCCUCCAUUGAAACUCAGCUCUGGAGCAUGAAGCAUGGAUGAACCUUUUUCUUUUUUCCAGCAACGUAUGCCUUACAUGAAGCCCCCUCCUCGGUAGUCCAAAAAGAUUCGAGGUGAUGGGAAGUGGGUAUCCAAAUUCCAAAGUUGCACACAUCGCUGGGAGGUUUUUAGUGCCAGUCGGCAUGUUUGACCUAACAAACUCUUUCUCUUCUGUCACAAACAGGUCGCUCUGUGUGUGUGUAUAUGUGUGUAUGUGUCAAAGAGAAGAUGGGUGCGUCUCUGUGUGUGGAGCGUUUGAGUACGAAUGCACACGCACAAAUUCUACUACCAGUGCCAUGUGACUAACAAGAGUAUAUAUUUAAGCAUCAGGUAUUGGUUUCCUUUUAUACCUUUCUUCCUUUGAAGAAUUUGUUUUCUGGCCUGCUUUUGGCUUCCAGAAAAAAUAAAAUAAAAUAUUCGGGGCGGGGUGGAAGAAAAGCUGGGAACCCUUUUAUUGUUUGCUGAGUCAAGCAUGCGCCAGAAACAAGUCAAUAUAUCGAGUGUAUCAUGAUAAGACUUUUUUAAAGUGCUAGGUUUUAUUAGAUUGUAUUAACGAUUUUCUUAAAAUUUAAAAAAAGAAACAAAGUGGGGGAAGAAGGAUUGCUUUUGCUUGCCAGGCCAAAUCCUUGCAAAACUAUUUUUUUAAAGUAAAAUACAGCAUGCGUUUUGUAAAACUGAUAUGCAUUAUAAAAAUACAAGAGGAAAACAAAACCCUAUCAAUGGAAUUCAUACGCAACUGCAAAGAACAUGGAUUUAAAAUACAUUUGCGUUAAUUAUGUGUUGUUCUAAGUAUUUGUCAUGUCCAUAGAGUUUUUUUCCUGCAUGCAUGUAUAUGUGUGUGUGUGAGUUCAUCUACAUUACAAAGUUAUAUCAGUUUGAUUGUACUUUGUUGCAUUUCAUCCUACAGAAUCCUGGGAUUUGUAAUUUGGCGAGGUACCGUGUAUACUUGAGUAUAAGCCGAGGCACCUAAUUUUACCACAAAAAAAGAACAAAAACAAAAACAAAAAACCUGGGAAAUUUUACUGACUCAAGUAUAAGCUGAGGGUGAGAAAUGCAGCAGCACCUGGUAAAUUUCAAAAGAAAAAUAGAUAUUACAUUAAUUGAGGCAUCAUAGAAUCAUAGAAUGAAAGAGUUGGAAGAGACCUCAUGGGCCAUCCAGUCCAACCCCAUUCUGCCAAGAAGCAGGAAUAUUGCAUUCAAAUCACCCCUGACAGAUGGCCAUCCAGCCUCUGUUUAAAAGCUUCCAAAGAAGGAGCCUCCACCACACUCCGGGGCAGAGAGUUCCACUGCUGAACGGCUCUCACAGUCAGGAAGUUCUUCCUCAUGUUCAGAUGGAAUCUCCUUUCUUGUAGUUUGAAGCCAUUGUUUUGCGUCCU